AUGAGAAAGAUAGAAAAUAACAAGUGUUGGGCUCGUGAGUCCUGCGCCUGCCACGGCAGCACUGAACCCUCAGGCUACUUGAUUGUCCUUAGCGGUGGCCGUGGUUGCAGCCUCGGCACUUCGGCCCGGCCUGCAGACACCAGAGAGGGCGCUCCUGCCGUGGCCAUGACCACCCGGAGCAGAAAUGGCCUGCACGGGGACACACAGACCUUGGUAGUCAGCCCGGGAGUGGCUGCAGGGGUUGGCAUCUUGGCCGCCUUCCAGGGGACCCAGAUGCAGCCACACAUGAACAGCCAGAAAGACCUGACCUUCCUCUGGGAUGUGUUCGGUGAAAAAAGCCUGCAUUCACUAGUUAAGAUUCAUGAGAAACUUCACUACUACGAGAAACAGAACCCCAUGCCCAUCCUCCAGGGCGCGGCAGCCUUGGCCGAUGACCUGGUGGAGGAGCUUCAGAACAAGCCAAUAAACAGUGAGAUCUGA